UGCUUUUACAUCGGGUUUAGUUUCACUUUAUAUAUUGUUUCAGGAUUUUCUGGGACAAAUUAAACACACACACUUAUUAUCUUUCCAUUACUUACAGUUUCCAUGGGGUGAGCCAGUUAUCAUGCAUUACUAAGUGCAAAGAGCAGCAGGUCAAAGUUAAUUUAGUUAUUCAGUAACUUUACAAUGCAGGCGUAAAAAGAUUAGAGCUGGUUUUCCUGCAGUCAAACCGGCACCAUGGAGCUGUGUCACUCUGUCUGCCUUUUUCUGCUACUUUGUGCCACAAAAAGUUCAAAUGGAGGAAAGAUUUUGGUGUGGUACACUGAGGCGAGCCACUGGAUCAACAUGAAGCCGGUACUGGAGGAACUGGUCGAUAAAGGACAUCAGGUGACAGUCCUGGUCCCGAGCGCAUCACUGUUCAUGAACAGCAGCGAACCCUCCCGCUUCCUGUACGAACCCUUUAACGUCUCCGUCUCAGUGAAAUAUCUACAAAAAGCUUUUGAAGAAGUUCUUCACUUCUCCCUGUAUGAGAUGGAUCAAAUGAACCCCUAUCAGAUUUUGAAUAGAUUUUUUGAUUUAAUGGAGACUAAUAUGAAGAUUUCUCUCAAGUACUUGGAUGGCGUGGUGAAAUCAGAAACCCUGAUGAAGAAGCUGAAGGAGGGAAACUAUGACCUGCUAUAUGCUGAUCCAAUAUACCCCGGAAGUGACCUGACUGCAGAUAUUUUGGGCAUCCCUCUUGUAUUUACUUUGCGUUUCUCCAUAGCUCAUAAUGUUGAGAGGAUGUGUAGUCAACUACCUGCUCCACCUUCCUUUGUCCCCGGUGCUAUGAGCAAACUCACAGACAAGAUGAACUUCUCAGAGAGACUGGGGAACUUCCUCUUCUAUGCUCUGCAGGACGUUUUGCUGGAACAGUUUAUGUGGAAAGAGGUCGAUAGAUAUUACUCUGAAAUCAGAGGAACACCCACCAGUGCCUGUAAGAUGAUGGGUAAUGCUGAUAUCUGGUUGCUGAGAACCUACUGGGAUUUUGAUUUUCCUCGUCCUUUACUUCCCAACUUCAAAUUUGUUGGAGGGAUCCACUGCAGACCAGCUAAACCUUUACCAAAUGAAAUGGAAAAAUUUGUCCAAAGCUCUGGAGAUGCUGGGAUCGUGGUCUUCUCUUUGGGAUCUAUGGUGAAGAACCUGACCACAGAGAAGGCAAACAUGAUAGCUUCAGGUCUUGCUCAGAUUCCACAAAAGGUGCUGUGGAGAUAUGGUGGAGAAAAACCCAAAACUUUGGGUUCUAAUACCAGAAUAUAUGAGUGGAUCCCACAAAAUGACUUGCUAGGUCACGCUAAAACAAAAGCUUUCAUCACUCACGGUGGAACAAAUGGGAUCUAUGAAGCAAUCUACCACGGUGUUCCCAUGUUGGGAAUCCCCUUAUUCGGUGACCAGCCAGACAACUUGGUGCAUGUGGAGGCUAAAGGAGCUGCAGUCACUGUGAGCCUGAACGUCAUGACAGCUGAGAGCCUCAGAGAUGCCGUGAACACGGUCAUCAACAACAAAUCCUAUAAAGAAAAUGCAAUGCGACUGUCCAGAAUCCAUCAUGACAGACCCAUGAGCCCUCGAGACGAAGCAGUUUUCUGGAUCGAGUUCACCAUGAGAAACAAAGGAGCCAAGCACCUUAGGGUCCAGGCCCACAACCUCACCUGGUACCAGUAUCACAGUCUGGAUGUCCUAACCUUUUUCAUCAUUGUAGAUCUGUUUCUCAUCUUCAUCCUCAUCAAGACCUGCAGCUUCUGUUUCCAGAGAUGCUGCAGCAGAAAAAGUAGAACAACAAAGAGAAAGGCUGAGUAACAGACUGAAGUGACAUUUAUAAUUGAGGUGCUUUCCAACUAACUAAAAAUGUAUUUUAUGGUGUUAAUAGCACUGCACAGUUUUGAAAUGUACACAUUUUAAAUUAUAAAAAAACUCAGCAAAGAAAACACAAACAAAUUAGGUAUUCAAGUUUAUUUUUUUUAGUAUAUUUGUGUUUUGCUCCAUACAUUUCUCAAAUUGUGACCAACUUUUCAGGCCCAGCUAAACAAAACCAUAAUCAAUAUUGCCACCACCGUGCUUCACUGUGGCACUGUGGUGCCCAAUCUAGAAUGCCUCUUGAGAGCAAACAGUUUCUGAAGUACCUUCUUAUAAAAAGUCAGAGUCUUCACAGUCUGUAAAAAGUCUUUCUUUCUCACAAGUUGGCUCUCUGCAAUGUCUGAACAUUUAUUAAAUGCUACUUUUAUUUAUCAUGUCAUUUAUACAAUGAGAUUAAUAGUUUUUUGUAAAUUGAAUUUCAGUUUUUUAAUGCAUCUGUAAGCUUUGCUAUGGUUCUGUGAUGCACAUCAAGAUAAAGCUUUAAAAAAGCUGUAUAAAUACAUUUCAGACAUGUAAAGUGAAGUUACUUUUGCACUUCUAUCAAUCAUAGAUUCAACAUGUUUAAUCUGUGAUUGUAAAUAAUCACUUCUUGGACAUGCAUAUUUCCAUUGCUUUACUAUCACAGAACAGUUAAUUAAAUUAUUAAAAAAAUCAAACAAAAUAUUUUGUUCUUUUCAUUUAAACUCUCUUACUGAUUUAUAUUAGGUAAUUAUGUUUUUUUCCUACAGUUUGUUUUAUGUUUGCAUGUCUGUACUAUCGGUAAAUUAUAAUAGUGUUAUAGUGGGGGAAAGAAACAAGCAGGCCCUUUAUAAGUAACCAAGAUGGGCAUUAUUAUUAAUAUUGCUGAUGUCUUGUUUAUCUCAUAGGGCUUGGCUUCAUAAUAAAGCAUCUUGUUUUCUAGUAAAA